AUGAAAGAAAUGAAGAGAAGUUUAGAAAGCAGUGAUAAUGAAGUUAUUCAAAGUCCAAUUUGUAUUGGACUUGAUGAUAUGAGUGAAGAAUUAUUAGAACAAUUUGUUCCACCACCAAGACAAACCAUUAUACCAAAUAAACCAUUAUUUUUACAAGAAUUACCAAUUAUACAUAUUAAUGAAGGAAUGGAACCUCCAUGGAAAUCACAUGAAGAAUAUGAAUCAUUACUUUAUUAUUCAUCACAACCAUAUAUAAGUCAUUAUAAAAGAUUGUUUAAAACAGGAUAUGUAAAAAAUAAAACAGUAUUAGUAAUACGGUGUGGUUUUGGUAAAGUUGCAUUACUUGCUCAAAAGUAUGGAGCAAAGAAAGUUGUUGCAAUUGAUGAUAGACCAGUCUGGAAGUUUUUUAAAAAUGUUGUAGAAAAAAUGGAAGUAACAGGAAUUAUAGUAGAAAAUAAAACAGCAGGAGAAGUAAGAGAAAGAUUUGAUAUAAUUAUUUGUGAUUGGAUGGGAAUUAAUUUAUAUUAUGACUCAUUAUUAAAUGAAGUAAUAAAAUGUAAAAGAUUAUUAAGAAAUGAUGGAGAAAUUAUUCCUAAUAUAGGAAGAUGUUAUAUUUGUGGUAUUGGAGGAUUAGAAUAUGUUGAUGAAAAAUAUGAUUUUUGGAAAAAUGUAUAUGGUUAUGACAUGUCAAUACUCGUUAAAAAUGUUGUUUGUACAGCUUAUAUUGAUUAUAUAGAUGAAUCAAAAGUAAUUACAAACCAUUGCUUAUUAUAUUCAGUUAAUUCAAUGACAAUUCAAGAAAUUGUUAAAAAAACAGUUACUUUCAAACUUUCUUUAAAAAGACCAAUUCCACUUGUUGGAUUUUGUACAUACUUUGAAGCAGAUAUAUCCAACCACCGUAUUUCUACUGCUCCAGGAACACAAACAGUUUGGAGACAAUGUUGUUAUUUAUGUCCAUCUCCAUUAAAUAAAUGUAAAAUAGAUGAUGUGAUUGAAGGAAAAUUUAAGAUGUUUCAAAGAGAAACAAAUCAACGAUGGGUAGUUAUACUUCAAUAUAAUUGUGAAAAAAGAGGAUAUUCAGGAAAAUAUCAAUAUGAAUUUUAA